ACGCGUUGACCAAUGAGAAGCGGCCACACUGCUUGUUUGGCAACAACAUUUACGCUGCUCGGACCUGAAACGCUAUUAACAGUCCAACUGUUGUAUACAAGUUUUGAUUUUGACGGAAAACAAUCUCCUUCGUUUAUUUUUUUUUUGUGACCGUGCGACCGAGUUCAACGUACAGCUUGCUACUAUAUAGAGUCGUCGUCGAAACUUAAGCCCCAACGUGAGAAGUGAAAAAUGGACGUGGAGGAGUCUCGACAGAAUACGAUAACUAUUCUCGUAAAAACACCCAGCCAGGCUGUGGAGGACCAAACAGUCGAAGGGGUCCAUCUGAACUGGACGGUGAAAGACUUGAAAACACAUCUGUCGGUGGUUUAUCCGAUUAAACUGGCUGAGAGUGACCAGAGGCUAAUCUAUGCUGGCAAACUUCUACCUGACUAUUUUCACAUAAGAGAGCUCUUUGGACAGACUGAUACAAUUCCCACACUGCAUCUAGUCUUUUCUGCUAAAAUGCAACCCAAAGCACAUCUGGGAGCAAGACAAAAGGUUAAAGAACCAGCCCAGCAGCAUCCCUUGAUUCCAAGCCCCACACCGCCCCCUGCUUCAGCCAAUAUAACAGCAGAUCUUAGACAGAGGAGGCAGGCAUCUUCAACUUCAGCUGCUACGUCAAUGAACACACACACGCCACCAUCACUCCCAGGAGUUCGUGCAUUGCCUGACACACUGCCUGGAACACCACAGAUGACUCAACCAGCAUUUCCAGGCUACUCUCUGUACAGCCCCCAACAACUUAUGUGGCUCCAACAUGUCUAUGCUCGACAAUAUUACAUGCAAUACCAAGCAGCUAUGGCAGCAGCUGGAGCCGGCCCCUCGAUAGCACCUGCAACUGUUGGCCAUCACCCUCCUGUACCUGCCCACCAGGUACCUGUACCAGCACCCAUGGCCAAUCAGAACCCCAUCGACAAUCUGCAACCAGCCAACCCGAACCCAGCACAAGAUGGUGCAUUCAUUGAUGCGGGCGUAGCCAAUCAGAACAUGCGAAUGAAUGCUCAGGGUGGCCCUGUAGUGGAGGAUGAGGAAGACAUGGAGCGAGACUGGUUGGACUGGUUGUACUCCGCUGCAAGACUUGGUGUGCUGCUAAUGAUUGUGUACUUCAACUCCAACCUCAGUCGCUUCCUUCUGGUGAUGGGCACCCUCUUCCUCAUGUACCUUCACACUACAGGCCGGUUACCCUUUAGAUGGCGAGAGCAGAUCCAAGGACCCAACCACCUGCAUCCCCCUGAAGUUCAGCACAACGAAGAAAAUGAGAACAUAAUCCCUAAUCCUGUCGCUGAGCUCGCUGAAGGACAGAGGGACCUCUCCGCUGAUGCUGAAGAAUCAGUUGAACGUGAGCCAGCGACAGCUGUUUUGGUUCCUCCUUACAGGGUGUCUGUCAUGUGGACAGCCUGGGUCUUUUUCAAAACAUUUUUCUCCUCGCUCAUACCUGAGGUUCCUCAGGACAUGGCCAACUGAUCUGCUCAAACAGAUAAUCCCCAUGCAGACUUGAGGCAAAGUUAGGCAUGGAGUGGUUCUUUGUGACGAUGAAAGGGGAAAAACUUAAACUUGUUCCAAAACAGCAGCAUUAUGUACAUGGGUUUGAGAGACUGGAGCUGGCCUAGUGGCACAGAAUGUUGGACGGGACCAGUCAUGUAGUUCUAUAAUAAAGAAAAGGAAAUAGAUCAUUCAAAUCCAACCUAAAUCCUGUAUACAAAAGCACAUUUAUCAUGUUAUUUCAAAAUGAGAUGAAAGUUCCACACUGAUUUGGGUUCAUGCUUCACACUGUCUUGUGAUGCUUCAAGCUGUUUAAAAAAAGUCUGGGCAUUGGCCUUUCCAUUUCUUUGAACUUAAAUUUCUCAUUCACAAAUGUGCAAAAGUUAGAUGGUGGGGAAAACUGAGGUAAGCUUGUGUAAUUUUGCUGUAUGCUUAAAUGAUCAGAUGCAAUUGCACCAUGUAUUGUGUGCAUAGUGUGGAAGAAAAGAUUUUGGAUGAAGUUAUUUCAUCACCUUCAGAAUUAAUCAAAGGAGUUUAAAGUGACAGGUUGACUGACUGGAUACAUAAAUGUACUAAAUCUCCACAAAGAAGAAAUACUAAAAUGCAAGUCAUCAGUCCAUCAUGAUUCACAGGAUACCCUCUUUUACAAAGACUGCUACUUUUUGUCUUCUGAAAAUUCUGUUGGCAUCAUGAAAGAUAUUGAGUGUGCGUGUGCGCGUGCGUGUGUGCGCACAGGGGUUAAUUAUUAAAUCGGUUAUUUACUGUAUAACUGGAAGAGACUGAGAUUUGACGUGAAAUGGUCUCUUGAAAUUGAAUUGAACUGUAGUAAGUAUAGGCGGGAAAUGUUAUUAAAUUACAGUAUUUGAACACCAUAAGUAACAGGUUUCAACUCUCUUUACAGCAUAUUCUUUGUCAUAUCUUGUUGCCAGGUACUUGUGAUCAUCUACUUUUUGGGGGCAUACAGUUAUCCUCACUUAUGGGAUUUAUAACAUGGGGAAGGAGAAGAUUGUUCCCAUUGUCACUAUGUACAGUAUAUAUGAAUAUUUAGGAACUGGCUCAAUGAAUUGUUUUGUAUAUUGGGAAUACUUGCAAUAAGAUGAAAUAAAUAACUUAAAUGUG